UUGUCAACUUGACAAUAACCUAUAAUUUAUCUUUGUUGUGUUGUCGUUUUUCUGUGCCGUUUGAGGAAAUAUCUUUGAAUUUCUUUCCUCUUAUAGAAAAUUAGUGCGAUAUAAGGAAUUAAAGAUGAAUUAUAUCAGUAACUUACUCCAUAUAAAAGAAAUAUACGAUUUAGACGAUCUCAAUAAUGAAGUACCAAAAUUAAACGAAUCGCUAGAUAUGUGUAUGGAGGAAAUUUCAUCCACCUUGGAAAAUGUGCAGGAAGAAAUGAACCAAACGUGUGAACGAAGUAAAUCUCAUAUAAAUAACGUGAAAGAAAUAGAAACAGAACUUAGUUCGUUAGAACAGUCACUCGGUGAUAUUCUUCUUGAAGAGUUGAAAUCAGCAGAAGAAAGUUUCAAUGGUUUAGUUGAGGAAGUAGAUGAAAUUACUACAUCAAUUUCUCUUGUACAUGUUGUGUGCGAAAUUCAUGAGAGAUUGGAGAUGCUCCAAGACUUUUGCAAGAAUCCUACUGACUAUAUGAGUAUAGUUGAAUUGAUCAAUGUUCUUAAUAUGUUGAUUGAAACUCUGCCGCAUUCACCCAUAAUACCUUUUGUUGCAAGUCUAAGAGAGAUGGUGAAUAAAGAAAAGAAAAACGCUAAUGCUGUGCUUAAAGCAGAAUUCCUUAAAAGUUGUACAUUUGUCAAAGAAAAAAACAUCAACAAGAUGAAAGUACCAGGGAAAAAUCUGAAAAUAUUACACUCUAUUGUACCAGCCAUUUAUAAAAAUGAAAGUACACGUGAACUAGUUACAACAUUACCAAACUUAAUUUGGGAAAACUUAUUUUUACCAUUGAUAACAUGUCAGUGCGAAGUAACUGAGGUUCAAACUGAUGAUUUUUCAGCUAUACAAGUGACAAUAAAAAAUGAUAAGGAAAGGAAUCCGCACGAAAAGGUAUACCAAAAUGUAUCAACUAUGAUGGACUAUUUAGAUAAAUUUUUGGAUUGCAUAAUUGAAGAUGAUCUGAAAUUGUUGAAUUUCAUUGGAGCUUUUUUGAAAGAGCGACUGUCCAAAGCGAUUCUGAAAGAAUGUGUUACUAAGGAAAUUCCAAGAGAUUGGAAAGAUCUUCCACAGUUCAAAGAGAAUUUGAUGAAAUCUACCCAAAUAUUCGAAGAUAAAUUGAAGAGUCAUGGCUUCCUUGAUAGGCAUUGGGAGUGGGUAGAUAAUAUAGAAGAAAUUUAUGCGCAGACCAAAUGUCAAUAUUUCACCGACAAAUCUAAACAACUCAUGAGGAAAGAUUUGCAUAACAUGAUAGAGGUUGGCACUGCUUACGAUUCAAGUAAAGCGUUAAUGGAAACUGAUGAAAUUUUACACUGUUCAAUUUCAUCGUAUAUUCCGGAGUUGAUAAAACUAGGACAUGAAUUGAUAGACGAAAUUUGUGAGGGUCCUGAGGGAAACUGUGAGAUUUUGUUUUCGACUUACAAGGGUAUCUUCUUCAAUUAUGGUGAUUUCGUAGCCAGCCAUCAUCAGAAACUUCUCGAAACCAUUCCUCAACAAGUCGCAUUAUUCUAUAACAAUUGCAUGUAUUUGCAUAAACAACUUCAGAAGUGGGAUCAAAUGUUUGAAACCAACAAUGUUUUGACGAGUUAUUGCGAUGACUCUUCCAAAGGAUUCUAUCAAGUUGAAGAAGUGGGAAGGAUGUUUUUCGAUAGUUUUGUUCGGGAACAGAAAGAACAAAUUGAAAUUAUCCUGAAAGGGACCAACCUUCACAACAAAAAAACCCUAGAAACCCUGGAGGACAACACUGAAAAAUUAAUUAGGCAGUGUUUGAGACAGCAGGAACUGUUGAAAACUGUCUGGAGCAAAGUUUUAUCCUAUCCGGUCUACAACCAAACUAUCGGGGAUAUAUUGAACACUAUGUGUAACUUUUUGAUAAACUCUUUGGUAGUUCUUGAGGAUAUUGGAGCAGUGGUUGCAGAAAAUUUAAUAGAGUUAUUCAAGAUUGUUCUCAACCGAGGAGUUAAAUUAUUCAGUGACUCUAAUGAAGUGUUUCUGUAUGUAUCACUGUGGCACAAAUUCAAUGAACUGAUUUUUGUUCUUGGAGCGUCUUUAUUGGAUAUAAGUGACAGAUGGGCUGACGGUAAAGGUCCUCUUGCCUUACAUUUCACCCCUUACGAAUUGAAGCAAUUAAUAAGGGCUCUAUUCCAAAACAGUGAUAGGAGAGCUGCAGUUUUAUCCAGGAUACAUGAAUGAGUGAGCUUCUUUGUGAGGCUCAAGUGAUUAGUGAAUUCCAUUUGUUUUUAGGGUAUAAUAUGUUAAUCUUUGUCUACUUUGAAAGGUUAUGGAAGUUAUCUGUGAUUUAUAUAUUAUGUAGCCAAUCAUGACUACAAAUUUAUAUUUUAAAAUAUUUUUUAAAAAUUUUUAUUGUUGGGAUAGAUUCGCUGAAUUUUUCCUAUUAAAUUAUUAUUGCGGA